AUGCACAUGCUAAAUUUGGUUUGCAUAACCAGCUGCAGGCCCCUCGUGCCAAAUGGUGGCCAUGCUUUUCACUCAGGGUCCUCAGGGACAGAGCAGAGUCCCCCGUCUUUGAACAAAAGCGUGAGCUUGGUGGACAAGGUCCCUCUCCCACCCGGCGGAGUAGGAGAGGAAGUAAAGAACGGAGGAGGAGGAGGAGGAGAAGAGAAGGAAGAAGUUAGCAGAAGAAUAGGAUCAAGUCCACCAAGCUGCGACCACAAGUGCUUUGGAUGCAUGCCAUGUGAAGCCAUUCAGGUGCCAACCACCCACGGCCGGGUGGGAGUGCAGUAUGCAAACUAUGAACCUGAGGGCUGGAAAUGCAAGUGCGGCCCUACCUUCUACACUCCAUAGAUGAUCCCACAUAUAUAGCCCCACUUGCAGCUGAUAUGCUGAAGAGAAACUAGAUGCAAGCUUCAUUCCAUAAUGU